CUCCUUCCUUUCUUCUAUCGCGAGAGAAGUCGUUUCGUACUACCAAAAACCUUUCAGAUUCUCUUCUCUCUCUCUCUCACCCUUUCUCUUUCCCUUCGUUUACCAUAUGCUAAGAAGAAAAGGGAUUAUCUCUUCUUCUUAAUUGAUUGAUCCAUUCAUUAAUCAUCAAGAAGAAGGACAAACAACAGAGGAGAGGCUGAAGCAGAGGUUUUUUUGCCCCCAUCGUAAGCAAAUUGGAAAUUAAUAUCACCAGGGACAUGACAUCGCCGCCGCCGACAACAGCCGCCGGAGCUGUUAACGAAAGAGAGUUACCCGUUGAUCCUUUCCUCGUUGAGGCUCUCCAGAACUCUCGUUAUCGUCUCACCAUAUUGCGGAUGGAACUUGAUAUCCAGAGGUUUUUGCAAAAUUCUGAGCAGCUGCAGCAAUUUGAGUUCCAACAUUUUCCCACCUCAUAUCUCCGGCUUGCAGCACAUCGUGUUGCUCAGCACUAUGGGCUGGUAACUAUGGUCCUUGAUAAUGGCUUAGAAGGAAGCAAAAUUGUGGUGAAGAUAGCAGGUGAAAUCAGAUGGCCUGCAGUUCGUUUGUCUGAAAUUCCUGCUAAAAACACAGAAAAUGAUAAGCCUGGGCAGAUUAAAAUUGCUAUUAGGCCCAGCCCAAAUAAUGGAUCUGUCAAUGAAGCUAAUCAAAGCGGUAUCAAGAGAAGUUCUGUGAGAAGUGUGGAAGAGAGGAAGGAAGAGUAUGAUCGGGCACGAGCUCGUAUUUUUAGUAGCCCUAGCACUCCUGAUUCUGACGAUUCUUCUCCUCAGGUUUCAAAUGAUGGGAAAAAUGAAUCUCUUAUCAGAGAUGAGUUGGAAAAUUACCAGAGCUCUAUGGUUGAUCAGGAGAACAUUACUACCGUCUGGGAUGGUACAUCUCGAGUAGCCGUUUUCAGAGACAGAGAGAAGGAUCGUACUGAUCCGGAUUAUGACCGUAGUUAUCAAAGGUAUGUUAGAAGCAUUCCAUGUAAUCAGAGUGUUGGUGUGGCUCCUUACAAUAUGCAGAAGGUUCAGCUUCCAUUUAUGCAGUAUGAUUCUGCUACUCCACAGUUGGGGCAGAUCUCAAUCACACAAGCUCCCCACGGUUAUGGUGUUCCUGCUAGGCCGGCUGUGAGCCCUUUUUGUUACAUGGGAUUGAAUCAAGCUUCUAGAAACGGUCCUUAUGUGCACUGGCCAAGUGCUAACAUGAUGUAUUCACAUUCAUAUGAUCAGUUUGUGCAUGCUGCAUUUCAGGCUCCAUUUGUUCACCAACCACCUUUGAGCUAUGAUUACUCGAUGAACGGUUAAACGGUAACAAAGAGUUUGUAUCAUGCAAAAUUUUUCAAUCUGUUAGGGCAUAGUGUGGGUGAACUGCUAGAGUCAUUGUUUAAAGACAUGGUUAGACCAUUCAUUCCUUCGUGUUGAAUUUUUGGUCGAUUAUAUUGGUAGUUAAGGAUUGUAACAAUCAUGCUUUUUCAUUUUCGUUUAAAUGGUGUUUGAAAACUUCUUUAUUUUCUUUCUUUAAUAAUAAACUUGAAGGACAUUGAACCAG